AUGGCUUCCAAAUCCGUAGCUGUUGGCAACAAGCGAAAGUCCGCCCCCGGCGGCAAAGUCAAGACUGAUUCCAAGUUCAAGAAGGCUCGACUUGACGAGACCAAGGUUCGAAAACAGCCUGUCAAGAAGCCUCAAGAGGAUUCGGAGGACGUUUCAGACGAGGAAGAUGGCGGUGCCGAUUUGAGCGAGGAUGCUCCCCAGAAGUCCUCGAAUGGCGCUUCAAAUGCAAACUUCGAGCGAGGAGGUCAAACUUCGCGCGAAUCCCAUGCCAAGCAGAAGCAGCUCGCCCAAGAGCGCAAGGCCGCAAAGCCUCUUGCUGACGAACUCCAACGCACAAAGAAGCUGUGGGAGCGACUUCGACGAAAGUCCCACGUUCCCAAGGAGGAGCGACAAACAUUGAUCGAUGAGCUGUUCGCCAUCAUCACCGGUCGCAUCAAGGAUUUCGUCCUCAAGCACGAUGCCGUGCGAGCUGUUCAAACCGCCAUCAAGUACGCUACACCCGAACAGAGGAAGCAGAUUGCACGCGAACUGAAGGGCACCUAUGCCCAACUUGCCGAGAGUCGAUACGCCAAGUUCCUGAUUGGAAAGCUUCUGGUCCAGAACGACGAAGAGAUCCGAGAUAUUAUCAUUCCCGAGUUCUACGGCCGUGUCCGAAAGAUGAUCAACCACCCUGAGGCUUCAUGGAUUCUUGACGAUGUCUACCGAGGUGUUGCGACAAAGGAACAGAAGGCUAGACUUCUCCGCGAGUGGUACGGUCCUGAGUUUUCUCUCCUGGAACUCACUAAGGAUUCGGAGCCCACCGCUGACCUCAAAGUCAUCCUUGAGGCUGAGCCCAACAAGCGAACCCACAUUAUGAGGAGUCUGGUUGAUAUGAUCGGCUCUCUUGUCAAUAAGAAAAUGACCGGUUUCACCAUGCUCCACGACGCCAUGUUCCAGUACUUCUCCAGCACCCAGCCCGGCACAGAAGAAUUCACCGAGUUCUUUGAGAUGGUUAAGGAAGACGAGAGUGGCGAUUUGCUCAAGAACAUGGCUUUCACUCGCAACGGUGCCAAGCUCAGCUGCUUGCUCCUCGCCCAUGGUUCCUCAAAGGACCGAAAGCAGAUCCUCAAGACUUACAAGGACACCUUCCUUCUUAUGUCCGGCGACGUCUGGGCCCAUCUAAUCAUCCUUACUGCCUACGAUGUCAUCGAUGACACCAAGCUCACUGCAAAGACCAUCUUCCCUGAACUUCUCGGCGAGGGUGAUAACAUUGCUCAGAACGUUGUCGCUACAGCCAACAACCCUUUCGGCAGAACAACAAUUCUUUACCUCUUCGAGGGUUUGGCCAAGUCUCUCUUCCCCCCUAGCCAGUCAUUCGACGUCGAACUUCUUACCCAGGUCCACGAGAUCCGCAAGGAGACAAGUAAGAAGGAUGAGGAUAUUCGACGCAACGAACUUAUCACUGCUGUUUCGCCCCAGCUCAUCUCCGCCAUCGCAGAGGUGGCUUCUCAGCUUACUGCUACCGCCUUCGGCUGCCAGUUUGUCACAGAUGUCCUUCUCUCCGGCCUCGGUGACAAGCAGCAGGCUCUGGAGGCCAUUGCCCAAUCAGCCGGUGGUGACCCUAACCAAGAGCCCGCGGAGGAUGACCUCCAGCCUCAAGUUCACAUCUCACGGACACCCCACGGUGGUCGUAUGCUCAAGUCGCUGAUCCAAGGCGGCAAGUACGACAAGGCAACUGGCAAGAUCAUUCCUGUCGACCCUCCCCUCGAGUUCUCCAACAUUCUCUACCCCGUUAUCAAGGACUACGUAGUGGACUGGGCCACCAGCCCUAGCUCAUUCGUCGUCGUUGGUCUUCUCGAGGCCGGUGAUUUCGGUGAGGUGGAUGCGCUCAAGAAGGUUCUUAAGAAGAACAAGAAGACCCUGGAGAAGGCUGCGACAGAGGAGACAGCCGAGCAGAAGGCGGCACGUGAGGCCCACGAGGCUGCGCCCAAGGGUGGCAAGAAGGGCAAGAAGAAGGGCGACAAGCCCAUUGGUAAUGCUGGUAGCAAGCUUCUGUUGGAGAAGUUGUAA